AUGGAGGAGCAUCAAUCUGAAGGGCAUCCAGGAAGUGGCAAUGAAGAGGAACUGGAGCAGUCUACCAAUGUAGAUGUAACCACCACGAAAUCACCCAGGAAAGGAAAAAGGACUGCCAAAAGGAAGAGCAUUGCUCAACCCAAGGGAAGGCAAACUGCUGAUCCCUCUUGGAAACAGCAGGAUUCAGAGAAAAAUGCUGAGGAACAGCAGACUAAUGAACCAUCUACUAGGAAGUCACCAAGGACAAGAUCUGGUGUCCAGGGUGCUGCACCAACUGCUCAGCGCAGUGGAAAGAGAAAACAUCCGAACAACCAGGGACCUAAACUGCUGUUGAACCAACUCUCCUGCCUAAGUUCAUCGAUGAUGAAGCCAGGGAGAGGUUUGAAUGGAUCUCGCAGAAAGGUUUCAUCACUCAAAGGACCAUCAUUCCCUACGAAUUCUGACAAGGGAAAAACUCCGGCAACUGAAGAAGAGACUGAAGAGGAUGAUAAUGAUGAGGAUGAGGACACUGAGGAAGAAGACCCUGCCCAGUUUCGCCUGGUUAGAAGAAGGUCUGGAUCCUCUAAGAUCACCAUAUAG